AUGACACCAGAUGCUAUGCAGACUGAAUUUGCCUUCAUCAAACCCCAGGAAACUGAAACUGCUGAGCAUAUCGUCUUUGACUGUGUAGCGCUGGCAUCUAAGAGAAAGAGACUGUUUGAAGCUCGAUCUCUGGAGGAUGUCAAACUAGCAGAAGUGGUGAAACAUGCCACAGAGAAAUUUCAUCAGAAACUAGGAGAUAAUCACCAAUACAACACCACAAACUUUGCCUUGCCAAUUCACCACCUGACUCUCUAUGAGAAGAAGCCGUGCUAUGCAGGAGCAAGGCUGUUCAACCUCUUGCCUGAGCAGUUAAAAAGGAUCCACCAAGAGAAAAACUUCAAGAAACAUCUCACCAAAUGGUUGCUAGAACACUCCUUCUACACCUUAGAAGAGUGUGCCUGUGUUUCCUACACAAGUCAUGGCCACUGUGGUAUCUUGAGAGACAACGGUAGUAUCCACAACGAACUGAGCAUCAAGAGGCUUGCAGAAGUCGCUGUAGCCUAUGCUAGAGCAGGUUGCCACAUAGUUGCACCCUCGGACAUGAUGGAUGGGAGAGUGUUGGCCAUCAAGAAUGCGCUGCGUGAAGCUCAGAUGUGCUCGUCAGUCUCUUUGCUCUCUUAUGCUGUGAAGUUUGCCUCAGCGUUCUAUGGACCGUUCCGUGAGGCAUCAAAGUCGUCCCCUGCAUUUGGCAACAGGAAAGCUUACCAGCUACCUCCUGGUAGUUCAGGCCUAGCAGCUAGAGCAGCGUCAAGGGAUGUGGACGAGGGGUGUGACUUGCUCAUGGUGAAACCUGGUAUCGCAUACCUGGACAUCCUCCGCCAGACCAAGCAAGCGUACCCGAAUAUACCUCUGUUUGUAUAUCAGGUAUCUGGUGAGUACGCCAUGCUGUAUCAUGCAGCCAAAGCAGGCAGUUUCAGUUUGGAGGACGGCGUGGCUGAAACAUUAACGGCUUUUCGUAGAGCAGGAGCUGACUGUAUCAUAACAUACUUUGCUCCUCUAAUCUUGGAUAUGUUGGCAGAAGGCAAGUUAUAGGUUAGUUUGUUUUGCACUUAUUAUAUUGUUAAUGUAAUAAAUCAGGAAACUGUUUUUAUA